GUGAGGGCGCCGACGCUUCGCUGAGCGGGCAGUGUUCGUGGUUUGAGUUUGUGACUGCUGGGGACGCUUUCCCGGCCGGGUCGCUGUUUGGAAGCGUGCUCUGCAUUCGCACUGCCUGUUGGGCCCACCAUGAGGCGCUUGGGUUCGGUGCAGCGGAAAAUGCCGUGUGUGUUUGUGACGGAGGUGAAAGAGGAGCCCUCCACCAAAAGGGAGCAUCAGCCAUUUAAAGUUUUGGCAACUGAAACUCUAAGUCACAAGGCAUUAGAUGCAGAUAUAUACAGUGCACUUCCAACAGAAAAAGUGGAUGGAACAUGUUGCUAUAUUACUACCUACAAAGGUAAAAUUAUACUACAAAUAUUAUUUGAUCACUUUACAAACUAUAUAUAUCUGAAGUAGGCUGAGAAAAGAUUUAAAAAUUACCUACAAUCAAAACAAAACUCACAAGAAUUUUUUUGGAAUGUUGAGGAGGACUUCAAACCUGUUCCAGAGUGCUGGAUACCAGCGAAGGAAAUAGAACAAUUAAAUGGGAAUCCGAUGCCUGAUGAAAAUGGACACAUUCCUGGUUGGGUACCAGUGGAGAAACACAACAAACAGUACUGCUGGCAUUCCUCUGUAGUUAAUUAUGAAUUCGAAGUUGCCCUGGUACUGAAGCAUCAUCCUGAUGAUCCUGGGCUUCUGGAAAUUAGUGCAAUGCCGCUCUCAGAUCUCCUAGAACAAACACUAGAACUUAUAGGAACAAAUAUUAAUGGAAACCCGUACGGGCUAGGAAGCAAGAAGCAUCCAUUACAUCUUCUUAUACCACAUGGGGCAUUUCAAAUCAGAAAUCUACCUACCUUGAAGCACAAUGAUCUGUUAUCCUGGUUUGAAGGUUGCAGAGAGGGUAAAAUUGAAGGAAUAGUAUGGCAUUGUAACGAUGGCUGUUUAAUCAAGGUUCAUCGCCAUCAUCUUGGUUUAUGCUGGCCAAUUCCAGAUACUUAUAUGAAUUCAAAACCAGUUAUUAUCAACAUGAACCUGAACAAGUAUGACCAUACCUUUAAUACUAAAUGUUUGUUUAGUCUUUUUUCAAAAAUAGAUAAUCAGAAAUUUGGUAGGCUCAAAGAUAUAAUACUUGAUGUAUAAACUAAAAUGCAAUUAAGAACCA